AUGGAAGCUAUUGGUGUACUAAACGAGCUGACAACUCCUUCAACUAAUGAGAAUCCGGAAUUUAUUCCAACAAAUAUAGCUCCCGAAAUAACACCUCCAAAUGCAGAUCUUAACCCUAAUAUCUGGAAGUCAAGCAAACCACCAGGAACUGUAUUCAUUCUAGUUGGGGCUGCAUCUAUAGCUAUCUUUAUUGCUCUAAUUGCAUGGUAUGUCAUUACGGAACACAUAUCUCGACGUGACACUAAGAAGUUACUAUAUGAGAGCGAGGAAAAGGGAUUCGAUGACGCAUUUUCUACCGAUAAUGAGCUUUUUGAUGGGCGAGAGCAGCCAGUAAAGCCUCCUGUAUAUCCAGAGAUGAAGCCUAAACUUUUAAUGGACCAGACCUUGCAGGCCGGGCAGCUCUUUGGCGUCAGUCAGAAUACACCACUAGAAAGAUUGCCCGUUCCAGAAGAUGAUAAAUGGCUUGAAGGUCAGCGUAAGUCAAUGUACAUAUCUCCUACAAUUGAAGUUAUGAAUCAGAAACGUAUGCAUGUACAUUCUCUAUAUGAUAGACCAACUUCUAUGACAUCUAUCGAUGAUCAAUCGUACCAACAGCGAGAAAUUGCUACAGCAGCCCCGCUGAUGGGAGGACCUGGAGAUUGGUCGGCCAAAAGCCGUAACAAGAACAGGUACGCUAUGAAUCUACCAUUUGAUGCCUACACAAACGGGAUCAGUGCCUUAACAUGA